AUGUUUGCCGGCAAGCGUUUGAGCAAAGUAUGUAAUUUCAUCUCCCCGCUCAAUAAAGAAUCGUGCAAACUGACGCUGCAUGUACAUCUGCAGGAGCUCCUGAAGAUGAAGGAACAUCUCCCGCCCGGCAUCUCAAUAGUCAAAGACGACAAUCUCGAAGAAUGGCAAAUGGACAUUAAAGUCCUUGAUGACAACCCGCUCUACAAGGACCAGACCUACCGACUCAAAUUCACCUUUGGGUCGAAAUAUCCCAUAGAACCACCAGAAGUCCAAUUUAUCGAACUCCCCAGUACAUCCGGUACCCCACGGCCCAUCCCCAUUCACCCCCACAUUUAUAGCAACGGCAUCAUCUGCCUCGACCUCCUCAGCUCCGCCGGCUGGUCGCCUGUGCAGACGGUUGAAAGCGUCUGCAUGAGUAUCCAAAGCAUGCUGACGGCGAAUAACCGCAACGAACGGCCUCCUGGUGAUGCUGAAUUCGUCUCAUAUAACAAGCGCCGCCCACGCGAUAUCGCUUUCAUGUACGAUGAUGAUAAUGUGUAG